AUGUUUGACCAUAACAACGGAAUUGCACUGGAAAGCAUCAAAUUUUCUGCCACUGGGUUCAAGAAGUUCCCAGCAACGACCCGGAAAACUGGCAUACGUACUGUUCAACACCGAGCCAUCGCCUUUGGAGACCAUCAAGAACAGCGGCUCCGGCGCCAUGAAGAAAUACCAAAUCACUAUUUCACAGUAGAUAUAACUGUCAAGAAUUUAUGUGAGACUACAGAAGCUUUCACAAUCCCACAACUUUCUGCGCCUCGAACAGAUGACGAUAUCAAGCAAAAUCCUGCUAAUGCGUUAGAGAAAUACCUAAAUCAUGACCUCGACAAAGUAUUUCACUAUCUAAUAACAGAGGCGCACACACCGGCACAGCGAAACGCAAUUGGACUUCAAUCUACAGCGCUGACGACAACGCCUCGAUUGUUGAGUACUAGACAACAAUUCGCAGGUAUACACUCUCCAUAUGUGUAUAUUUGUCCACGCAGAUCAUACACUAGUUUUCACAAAGAGGACUUCAACCUACAAUCGGCUAACCUACUACAUGCGGGUGCGCCAAAUGUAUGGGUAUUGAUUUCAUCUCGUCAGGCUGACCAGUUCGAGGCCCGUAUUGCAGAGCUGUUUGGUCUUACGAAUAGCAACAUUAAAUGCAGUCAGUUUGUGCGCCAUUCAAAUGUUAUCAUCCCACCAACGCUGCUUGAAGUCUGGGGUAUUGCUUUUGAAGUUGUUCUGCAAUAUCCUGGGGAAAUUAUCGUUACGGACUAUAACGUAUACCACUACGUCUGGCAUGCGGGACCCAACAUCUCUGAGGCAAUCAACAUCUGUGAAGAGGGAUGGUUGCCGCCGCCUAUGUACCAGUGUUGUUCGAACAACUCUAUUUGUGGGAGAGGACCGUUUGUUUCCCACUCUGGAAUGCGGAUUGGAGAACUACAGAAAUUGAGCAUUGAACCAAUGCAUGUUCCGCAUAAGGAGAUUGAGACGGAUUCAGACUCCCAGACUGACCUUAAAGCUGACAUCUUCGAGCACCGUAACGCGAAAUUUGACAAAGGAAAGCGAAUUGCUUCUCGGAUAAGCAAAGAGCAUCUCGAUUUUGCUGACCCAACAGAUCCUUUAAUUGUGGUCAUUCCAGACUCUCCGAAUACCACCUCGAGCAAUUCAGUCCAAAGCAUUAUUAUUACUGACUCUUCUGACGCUACUGUAAAAACUGCGUCUCAGAAUGUUGUAGAUCAUCUCAUAAGUGCCACUAGCAUUGAAGAACAGCUCGACGUAUUAAUCGCAGAAGGUAUCGACUUCGGACCCUACUUUAACCUCACUCGAGCGGCCGCAGAGGCCAUGUUCCGGCGUUUUCGGCCGACCACGCCCGGUGAUGUCCAAGCUUCAUGGCUCAAUGACACGGCAUUGAAGCUAACCCUUGAAGCGUUGUCUGCACACGACGCUAGUGUUGCAAUCGUCGACAGCAUAUCAGUAAAGAGCUCGCAAUGGGAACCCCUAUGGGAUCAACAACCAGACACAGUUUUGAUUCCUUGUAGGGAAAACAACGGAUCAGACUGUGGUCCUAUUCUUCUUGCGGAUGCAGAAAUUGCUCUUGGUAAAACCAGUUUAGACCACUUGCCACGGGAUCCCAGUCAUCUUCGACUUCGAUAUCUCGCGACCUUGCUGACGCCAGCUCGAGCAAAUAUUCAUGGACACAGGAACGUAAGAACGCUUCUGAAGCGGAAAUUCGAUGAGGUGGACGUUGUUGGACAAGCGAAAUGCCCAUUCUUUCUUAUCGAAGCUCAUCAAACAGACUUGGUCGCCGCAUUUGCAAGCCCACAGGUUUUUGCCGAUCUUUGCGUUCUUCGGCAGAGUGCAGGUUUACGAUCUGUACACAGGGCGCAAACUCUGGUAUCACAUGCUAUGGUUCUCAAUACAACAUCGCAGACAGAUCAGAUGUUGAGCACGUGGAUCAAAGAGUAUAGCUGCAUAAUCCUCUCGCAACGACAUAGAAAAUAUCGAGAUGAGGUGGAAAAGUGGAGAAGAACAACCAAUAAGAGACGCAAGAGAGAAUCCAAAUAUUCGAAGCCUGAUAGAGCGAGAUCCCUCCCAAUCCAUCUGGACACGUACGCUGCUUGUAUUAUGUUGCAUGAAUGGGACGGAGACCACGCUCCUAAUGUUCAUGCAAUCUGCCAACAGCUCAGAGACAACAACAUCAAUAUUCGACAAGAUCGACAAGAGAAAUUAAAUGUAUUGAAACAGCAGGCGCGGAGUGGUCAUGACUUGUACGACUUCAUCACAACCUUUGGAGUGAUAGAUCCAUUAGAGAUGCCAUUAUGGAUGCUAAAGCCUUGCCGUGAUAAGGAAGCACAACGGUAA